ACGACAUUGGACAGGUUCAUUUACAGCACUGUACAGCUAGAUAUAUAAUUAUCAGCUGAUGGUUGAGUAAAUACAAACCCAAUUCUGAACAAAAAGGUAUUUUUACUGAGUCACAGAAAAAAAAAGAAAUACAAAGAACACCGCAGAGUGACUGGAGCAAGUGUUCAGACACCUUCUCCGUCCAUCUGUCCCGUCCUUAUAAAUGUACUGUGGUUACGCUGCCUGGGAGGAAAAAGCCCGGCCCCCUUUCCUGUCCUUCUCCCCCAUCCCUUCCCUUCCCCAGCACCCGGCGGAGAGUGAGAGAGAGAGUCCCAACGAGGCCGGAGGCUCGGGGCCUCUUCAGCCUGUGGCCCUUGGGGCGCACCUCCGUGCAGACAGGGGAGACAAAGUAGAUCCGUGCCAAGCUGUGCUGGAGUGCCCGAGAGGCCUGGCGGAGGAGAGCUCUGCGGCCUUUGACCUGUCCGCCCGUGACAUGCCGUCGCUCGCCGACGAUGGAGAGGAUCAAGGGACGACCCCCGUGAACGUGCGGCCAGCACUGUCCAAUCAGAAUGGAGUGAAGAGGAAGGUCCGCACUAAGAAGAAGAAAGGCAUAAUCACUGCCAAUGUGGCAGGAACAAAAUAUGAGAUAGUUCGUAUAGUGAUUGGGGAGUUGGCUUUCCAUAAAACCAGAGACGAGGACGAGACAGCCAACCUCAUCUGGAGCGACUCUGCUGUGCAGCAUGAGAAAAUCGCUGAGCUCAGGAACUACCAGAGAAUUAACCAUUUCCCCGGAAUGGGGGAGAUCUGUCGAAAAGACUGUCUGGCAAGGAACAUGGCAAAGAUGAUUAAAAACCAACCUCAUGAAUACAGCUUCAUCCCCAAAACCUGGAUCUUCCCUGCCGAGUACACUCAAUUCCAGAACUACGCCAAGGAGCUGAGGCGCAAGCGCAAACAGAAGACAUUCAUUGUGAAGCCCGCCAACGGAGCCAUGGGUCACGGAAUAUCGUUGAUUCGGAAUUGCGAGAAGCUCCCAGCGCAAGACCACUUCAUCGUGCAGGAGUAUUUGGACAAGCCCUUCCUCAUGGAGGGCUACAAGUUCGACCUGCGGAUUUACAUCCUCGUCACCUCCUGUGAUCCCCUGAGGGUCUUCCUCUACAACGACGGCUUGGUGCGGAUGGGCACGGAGAAGUACCACACCCCCAGCGAGGCCAACCUGAAUCAGCUGUACAUGCACCUGACCAAUUACUCCGUGAACAAACACAAUGAGAACUUCGAGCGGGAUGAGACAGUGGACAAAGGCAGCAAGCGAUCCAUAAGCUGGUUCACCGAGUUCCUACGUAGUAAUGACUACGACGUCGCCAAAUUCUGGGGAGAUGUUUCUGAGCUGGUGGUGAAGACGCUGAUCGUGGCUGAGCCUCACGUCCUGCAUGCCUACCGCAUGUGCCGCCCGGGACAGCCACCAGGGAGCGACAGCGUCUGCUUCGAGGUCCUGGGCUUUGACAUCAUCCUGGACCGCAAGCUGAAGCCAUGGCUGCUGGAGAUUAAUCGAGCACCAAGUUUCGGCACCGAUCAGAAGAUCGAUUACGACGUGAAAGGGGUGUUGCUCAAUGCCCUGAAACUGUUGAACAUCAGAGCGAGCGACAAGCGGCGGAACCUGGCUCAGCAGAAGGCGGAGGCACAACGCCGCCUCUACGGCCACGGCUCUGUAAAGAAGCUCUCAGCCGGCUCCUCCGAGUGGGAGAAACAGCGCCUCACGCUGGAGCGGAGGAAAGAGGAGCUGAAGGAGAGGCUGGCCGAGGUUCGAAAGCAGAUCUCCAGGGAGGAGCAUGAAAAGCGGCACCUGGGGAACUACAGACGUAUUUACCCCCCAGAUGACAAGCUCCUGCUGGAGAAGUACGAGGGCCUUCUCUCGGUCGCCUUUCAGACGUUCCUGGCUGGGCGAGCAGCCUCACUUCAAAAGGAAAUGAAUAAUCCUCUGAAACGAAUGAAGGAAGAGGACAUCUUGGAUCUGCUGGAGCAGUGUGAGCUGGACGACGAGAAGCUGAUGGGAAAGACGUCGAGGCAGAGAGGGACGAAGGCCCUGUCCUCCAUGCCCGAGAGCGGCCCGGCGCCCAGGAGGCACCGCGACUACGGCGACACCUCGGGCAGCUGCGACGGCAGCAGCUCGUCGGGCUCGGAUGCCGGGGAGGAGGAGGAGGGCAGUGCCAGCGAGCUCCGUGGGAACGUGGCCUCCCUCCAGACAGAGGAGAGCAAGCGGAAGCCCUCAGAGCGCUCCAGUCGCGUGCACUGGAAGCCUUGCUCGACGCCGACGAAAGCAAGCUCACCAUCCUCGCUGGCUCUGUCGGGCCUCAUCCGCCGCUCCGUGUCCUGCCCGCGCUCCAUCUCCUCCCUGACCACCCAGCCCCCCUCCAAUGAGAACCGGGGGCCGGCAGCGAAGAGUUCACCGCAGGGGGGCGGGGCCAUGUCCCCAGGUGAGGCCCGUAAAUCGGGCAUGGCACCGGCGCCACUUCGGCCCCGCUCGUCCCUGCGCUCACACUCGCUCAGCCGCAGUGGCUCCGCCCACAGAGUGCCUCACAGCAGCAGCCUGGGCACCAUCCACUCCAACAUGGGAGAGUCCCUGCUGAACACAAGGACUAAGGAGCAGGAGGAGGAGCUAAUGCGGCAGACGCUGGUGGCGCUGGGGGAGAUGCGCAUCCGCUUCCCCGGUAAGAGCGAUGAGGAGGCAGAGGCCGUCCUGGACGAGAUUUUGAACAACUGGAAAUACCACAAACCAAAAGUGGCUUCUUACUGGCUUGUGAAGUUAGAUGCCACAAAACAAAGAAAGGUCCUAGACAUUGUCCGCACCAACGUUCGCUCGGCGCUUCAGAGGAUCUGGCGAGAGGCCGACGUCGACAGCCUGCGAUUGUCCCGCCUUUUUGCCCGCGUCUUCAACCGCCUGCUGUGGAGUCAUGGCCAAGGCCUGUGGAACUGUUUCUGUAGCUCUGGCAGGUCGUCCUGGGAGAACAUCUUCUGCAAGAGCGGCGAGGUGGUGACGGCUCACGAGCUGCAGUGCUGCCAGCGUCUGGUGCAGCUGUGCCGUGACUGCCUGCUCGUCGUAUAUAAGUACGUGGCCGACUCGCGCGGCUCGCUGGCUGGCCUCAGCCCCGACUGGGAUGACACCAGGUAUCUGCUGCCAGUGACCUCCCAGUUCGUCAUCAAGUGGCCUUCCUCAGGCUUUGGCCGUGGCGUCGCCUCCACACGCUCGCGCAGCCUCUUCGCCACCCGCAUGGGCCACUUCUGAUCGCCGCCAGCCCCCUUCGCUGCACGUGGGGAGACACAGAAAGGGACCAGAUACCGCCGCCCUCGACCCUCCCCCGCCACGCCCCCAUCCUCUCCUCCUCAAGGGACAUAUGAAAACGGAUUUACCGUCCCUUCCUGUUAGCUUGGGACUUGUUGGUGCAUCAGAUGCAGACGAUGAAUCUCCCCCAAGCUCAGUUUGUACCCUUUGGAUAUGCUGUAAAAUGGCUGUUUGCUCUACAGUUAUUUCUCUUAUUGAUACUGUAAAAUAUGAGCCAGCGUUAUGGAUUUAUGUCCGGGACUGCAGAUUAAUUUAAUCAAUAACAGUGAAUGCAUCAGUGAAAUGUAGAUGGAAUGGGAUUAGUGUGUUUGCCCUUUCUUAGAGAGACAAUUUAAAAUGCUAGUUUUUCAUUUUACACUGCUUAUGAUAUUUGCAAAUGUUUCAUGCCUUUUUGGCCUAAAAUUAAUUUUAUUAGGUUUUGCAUUAUGCAUCCUUUCAUCUUUGUUUCACUUUAUUUUAGCUUUGUGCAGUGUUGUCCAGGAAGCGGACACGCUGAAGAAGCAGGAGGAGGUGAAAACGUUUUAUUAUAGUGCUCUUCCUGAAAGGCCUCCAGUUCCAUGCAAGCCUUGUUUCCUGGUCACUCUGAAGAGACAUUUCAGCAUCCCUUGUUGUUCUGCAAGUUGGCUUUUUAGCCAUAAUAAUGAGCCAAACCCAACCACAGUGAAUGUUGUGUUUGAUAUGCAUCCCUGCAGAAAGUCAGCAGUCAACAGCAUUUGUUUGUGCAUGCCUAGAUAGUCCUUUAACCUUGUGCACUGUCUGCCGACAAAGAGGAAAUGACUGCAGAAAUACUUGAAUUUAUUUAUACUAUUUAUUUUAUUUAAAUGUGUUUAAGUUUACACACACUACUAAUUUAACAUUUUAAAACACAUUAUGACUUGUGUUAGUAUUAUUUGUGUUAGUUUUUAUGCAUUAAAGACUCUCAAGGGCAUGGAAAUAAGUCCUAAAAGUACUAACUGCAGAGCUUUGCUUUGUGUCUGAUUAGAAAAACUGAACUGCCACAUUAGUGUUUUAGAAGUUCUACCCUGUGUUUCUACAGCCUGUAAGCAAGUGCCAGUGCAGACUGUGGUGUGCCAACACUAAGCACAAUGUGUUAAUGGCUCUUUAAAUGAGGUUGCUUAUUAAUUUGAAUGCUCUGUAUGACAGUAGGUAGGUAAUGUUAGAACUGUAAUUUGAGGAAGCUCCUGAUAGUUUAUGUCCAGAUAGAAUGUGUCCUUGUAAAUGCUAAUCUUCCGGGUGGUUUUUGGCUCAGAAACAGUGUUCUCUGUCAUGCAGCAGUUCUUUUCUAAUGAAUAUGGCGAUAAUUCUAUGCUAGGAUUUUUUUCCUCCCAACCCCGUAGUGUCAUCUGACAAUGCCAAUUUGUUUCCUAUUUCUUCUUUUUUCCUUUCUUUUAUUUUUUGGCCUGGAUUUUCAUCCUGGGUAAUGAUUUUUAAGUUUAAUAGCAAUAAAUGACUGGUGAGUCUGUAUUGAUCUGUACUGA